AUGAGAUUGGUGCCCAUUGUUGUCCUCGCCAGCCUUGUGCAGGCCGUCUUUUGUGCUGUAGCACCUUCUACAGACGAAAGGCGAGCAGUCACAUUCGGUAACCAUCACGAACCUUUGAAGCUCACAAGGGAUACCCUCAGCCGCAGGGGAAAGGAAUACAGCAUUACUGAGUUGGAUGACUUGGAAGAGGAAGCAGAGAGUGCCAAUAAAGACAGUAUUUACAAGGCUAUCGACCACCUCACCAAGCUGUUCAAGGACAAAAGCAUUGACUAUGGCCUUAUGGGAGGUGUUGCAAUGCAAUUAUUUGGACUUGAAUCUCGUGAUACCCACGACGCUGACCUAGCAGUGAGCGUCAAUUCCGGAGACCUGCUCAAAGCCAUCCAGGAUGAUCCGAAUAUUCAACGUCCCGGCAGAUUGAUGGCUGCUUCUGGCACUGCUCGUAUUUUUGUUAAGAUUGGCAAUCAGCAAGUUGCCAUGGACGUUUUCGUGAAAGGGGCCGACCAAACCCCGAGCUUGGACACUCAAACUAUCAAGAAUUACAAGGUCAUCAAGCCUGGUGAAAUCGCAAAAUCCAAGUUCAAGAGACUUGAAGACAAGGAUUCCGAUGAUAUCUUAUGGCUCAUCCAGAAUAAGAAAGACGACAUCAAGAAAAUUGCCGACAAGGUCAAGAAAGACGAUAGAGUCAAGUUUGCUGAAGAUUUCAAAGACAAGGACGAUGUUUUCAAAGUCAUCCUUGACGUGCUGGAUCUUGACGAGGACGACGUUGAUGAUUAA